AUGUUAAAUCAGGGAUUUCAUGCUACACUAUUUGUCUAUGGUUAAACUGGUAGUGGUAAGACUUACAGCAUGGAAGGGUAUAAAUAUGCUGCUACAAAUCCAAAUAAGCCUAAUAAAAUGCUUCCUUAAAUCCCAAAGGAGUAGGAUGAAGACGAGGGAUUAAUACCUAGAUCUAUUAGAGAGUUGUUUUUAUAAAUUGAAAAGCGAAAGAAAGAAUCAGAAGGUAGUAAGAUUUCAGUAACAUGCUCUUAUAUCUAGCUAUACAAUGAGAGAAUUUAUGAUUUACUGAAUUCAGAUAUUUACAAAAAUCAUUAGAAUAAGAGACUAGAUGGGGUUCCAGGACUUAAGCUUAAAUGGAAUGGCUCGAAUGAUGAUAUCAUUAUUGAGAACCUGUUUUGCUUUGAUUGUAACUCCUCCUAAGAUGGGUUCCAUUACUUUUGGAAAGGCUUAAAAAAUAAAAUGAUGGCUAGCCAUAAAAUGAAUAAUUCUAGCAGCAGAAGUCAUUGCAUUUUGACAUUUACUGUACACUAAAUAGAUAUAAAAAAUCCAGAUAAUCUGAUUGUGAGCAAGCUUUAAUUAGUUGAUUUAGCAGGUAGCGAAAGACAGUCAACAACAGGAGUAGCUAAGGAUCCAAGUCUUUUGAAAGAAUCUAUAGAAAUUAACAAGAGCUUGUUUACUCUCAGACAAGUAAUUUCAGCUUUGACAGAUAAUAGUACUCUGCAGUAGCAAAAAUAAAAUGGCUUUGGUGGUUUAAAUGAAAAGAAUUAUACAUAUGUACCCUAUCGUGAAUCUAAAUUAACAUCUAUACUUAGACAGAGUCUGGGAGGAAAUUCUUAUACACUAAUGAUAGCUUGUAUUACACCACUAGAUGAUUAUUUAGAUGAAAAUAUAAGUACUUUAAAUUAUGCCAGCAGAGCCUCACAUAUAAGUAACGUACCUACAAUAAAUCAAGACCCAAAACUAAAACUUAUAAAUGAGUAAAAGAGAAUGAUAGAGAGAUUGCAAAGAGAGUUGAAAAUAGCAAAUGAUUAGAUUAAAUUUUUGACUAUGCAAAAUACAUAGAUAGGUUUUAAUAGAACUUAUGGUGGUGGCAGUGGAGGAGGAAUGACAGGCCCAAGUGGCAGUGUGAUAAAUGGUAGCUAAGGAAUGCAAACUUUGAAUAGCUUUCAGAAUGUAAACAUCAAUGAUCCUAAUGAUACUAAUGGAAAAGUUACAAUAAACAACAAUUAUAACUCGAAUGUGAUUGCUAUUAUAAACAAUUAAGAUGCAGCGACUCAAUCUCCUACAGGCAAACAAAUUCCUUCACAAAUUAAAACAGAGAAGUAAUAAACUUAGUCUCGCACAGUUAAUGAAAUCAGGCAAUAAUAAUAAUAAACCAAUUAGAACUCAUUACUACCUGAUAUUAGAUCGAAUAGCAGAACUACAACUUAAAAUUAGUUUUAUUAAGGCAAUGAAUAGUUGUAAGCCUAAUCAGUGCAGGUGUCCUCAAAAUAGCAAUAGAUGAAUUCAGAUUUCCAAUCAUUCUUCCAAACUAAGCAAGAUGCUUUGAAGAAUCUUUCAGCUGCUGUUUAAACUCCUUAAUAGCAACUACCUAAUCCUCUGUUAGCUGGCUAGGGAGCAACGGAUAGAUUAAUUUUUAGCAUCAAUAUGAUCAAAGAGGUUCUAUAGUCCAAUCUCUAAUUAAGAGAAGAUUUACUUAGACUAUCCCAAGAUCAUGAGAAAACUUAGGUAUAAAAUUAUCAGCUGAAUAAUGAAAACGAAGAUCUUCGAGAUAGACUUUAACUUAUAACUAAUGAAAAAGGUUAUGAAAUUGAGUAUCAAUAGCAUUUGCCAUAAAUGAACAUUGAAGAAGAAAUAGGCUUAGUGAAGAAUAAAUAGUAGCUAGACGAUUUGAAGAAGCAUGUUCUUUCUCAUAUAUUUAGUCUGAGAAAGGAAAACAGACAUUUAGUCAAAAGGAUAGAAGGGUAUGAAGCUCAAUCUAAUUUAAAGCAUGUCAAGUAGAUAAGGUAAGCACCUAAGUAAAUCCCAGUGGAGUAGAAGCAAUAUCGAUAAAUUACCUAUGAAAAUGAGGAUACUGCUGAAUUUUCUAGUUAAGACCGUUACGAACGAAAAUCAUAAUAAUAUCAUAUGAAUGAUGAACUAAAUGAUACUUUCAAUCCUCAUUCUUAGAACUCUCAGUCAAGAACAGUUAGAAAUCUACAAAAUAUUAAGGCUAGCAGAGAGAGAGCAUCUAACACAAAAAGGAAUUAAGUUCAAAAGUUCAAUAAAAGUAAGACUAAAUAGAUUAACAGACCAUUCCUUAAUCAGUCUUAUAAUCCAGAUGAUGAUGACAAAGAGCAGCCCACUUAGUUUUCCUCAGGAAUGGAAAACUAGCUUAAUCAUAGAGACAGUUCAUUACCAUAGCCUUUGCUAUCUAACAGGGGCUAAGAAAGAAGCUUUGAUAGUGUUAUAACUAGCAGGUAAAAUGCUAGGAAUAUUAAAGAUUUAGACCCUUCGUUCAUGCCAUAAUCUAAAAACUAGCCUAAUAGCACUAGAGUAUCUGCAGAUCAGCUUUCUAGUUUAAAGCUCAAAGCACUGAACUCUCAGGCUUAAGAUGGCCAUAGCUAUUUCAAUAUAAUGAAUCACAGACUUUAAAAUAUCAAGAAUGAUGCAGGAAUAACAACGAUAGAUGAGGAAGUUAAUGAAAUCACAACUUUAGAUAAAAUUGACUCAAAAAAUAUAGAUUUACAGAAUAAUAUGAAUUUUAAAACUCCCAAAAAAUCAAAUAAAUAUCAAUCUAACAUACCCUAACAAACUCAGUAUGAUGUGGCUAAAGGCGUGCCUAUGCCUCUUACAAUAGCUAAUGUAAACAGUAAUUAUAGUUAAAUUGGGAACAUAAAUAGUAAUUCGAUAGUGUCCAGUGCAGGACAAGAAUUCAUGAACAAAAAUUCUUAAUUUUUAGCCAAUCUUAGUAAGUUAGAGGGAGUUUCUGCUGUUCAAGCGAACUACUCUUCUUUGAAUUAUGCAAAGGGAGUAAAGCCGAAGAGAUAUAAAAAUUGA